ACAAUUAUCUUAUCCCUGUCGUCUUUAGUCUACGUACACAAAUAUCUCUCUUAUCCCUAUUCUAACUCUGGACGAAAAUGCCUGCAGGAACUUCAUGCUUCCUCUGAUCAUGCCCACAACGUCUCUAGUAAUCCCCAAACCCUCCCUCUUCCCAAGAAAGCUCCAGAAUGUUUCUUUCACAUGCAAAGCUUCUUCUUCUUCUUCAUCCUCCUCUUCCCUAUUGGAUUUCGAUCUUUACGGUCUUCUGGGCAUCGAUAGCUCCUCCAAUCAAACUCAAAUCAAGACUGCCUAUCGCUCCCUGCAGAAGCGCUGCCAUCCCGACAUCGCCGGACCUGCUGGCCACAACAUGGCCAUCAUUCUCAAUGAAGCUUACUCUGUUUUAUCCAAUCCCACCGCUCGUUCAUCUUGUGACAAGUGUGUUGGUUGCUUGAAAUGUGCCUUGUUUGCGGAGAAGACAUUUGCCAUUGAAUCAACAUAUGGAAGAGCAAGGGUUGUGGCUCAGUGGGCUGACCCCGAACACAAAAUCCAAGAGGCUAUUAGAUCAUGUCCUGUUGAUUGCAUUUCGAUUGUAGAGAGAUCAAAGCUUGUAGCCCUUGAGUUCCUAAUGUCCAAGCAGCCACGUGGCAACGUAAGAGUGGGUGCCAGAAACACUGUAGAGGCACGUGUCUCGAAUAUAUCUGAUGAUUUCAAGAAGUUUUAGCAGAGAUUUGUUAAUGCCAUGGACAAAGCUGCCAUGAAAAAUUUCAAGGUAUGAGAAUGGGACCGUGUUGUAUUGGGAGAUUUCUAGCAUCAUUACUAUGGACAAUUGAGGUUUCCCUUUAGCAUUUUCAAUUCUAAUUGAUUUUGUUAGUUAGAAAAUGAAAAAAGAAUGGCAAUUUAUUAUGUCUUUUGAGGUGAUUCUCCAAAGAGAUUAUUAGCAUUUUGUCUCUGUUUUUUCUAUGUAUUUAUCAAAGGCUCAUGCUGUCAAACACCAGAAGUAACUUGGGUUUUUUCCAAGAGGAAAAUGGUUAUAGGGAAGAAAGGAUGUCUGCAAUCCAAGCAAUCAAAUCAAUUUCAAAAU